AUGAUAUCUAAUGAUGAUUUGCCAAUAAAUGUGACGUCAGGUGGUUUUGAUUAUUCAAUUAUCGAAAAAUUGUGUUCUGCGAUAUUUGAUCCAAUCGGGACUACCUACAAAUUAUCGAACUUAACUCAGUUCAAUGAUUUAACUCAUUGUAAGCGAGAUGUAUGCUCACUUGCUAUUAUGUAUAUCGAUGAGUCCAAGGGUAAUGCGAAAAGUUAUUUUCAAGUUGAACAAACAUGUUAUUUUGAGACGAUAUUGAAUGAACUUGGAGUAAAUAUUGACAAAAACUUUAUUGCUAGAAGAUUUCAAAUGAACCAUAAGAAAUUCAGUCAAGAGAUGAGAAAGAUGAAGCGGAGAAAAUCAUUGAGAUUACCAAAAAUUAAUUCCAUCAAGCAACAUCAACACGCUUUAGGCUACCACGUAUGUAGUCGACCAGUGGUUGGAAUAGACAACACAGCGGUUGGGUGA